UGCCUUCACAUGGGAUUACAAACAGACAGAGGAUGAGACAAGCACUUCUGGGGCUACAUUUUGGAGCAGAGUCUAAGAAGAAAACAUGGCUGUGAUAUUUGUCCACAGUAUGGAUAACAAUGCUCCUUUUAUUCUCCCUACAUCAUUGGUGCUGCUGCAGAACACCAGUUACCCUGAAACCUCGAUCCCUCCUGCUAGCCACGAGAUGACAGAAUCAGGCAAGGAAGCCAGACCAAACAGGAACCACACUGUCAUACAGUAUAACCUGAGGCCAGGGGAAGUCAUAGCAGCCAGCAUGAUUUUUGGAAUAUUGUGGCUGUUCUCCAUCUUUGGAAACUCCCUUGUUUGCUUGGUGAUCCACAGAAGCAGGAGGACACAAUCAACCACCAACUAUUUUGUUGUCUCCAUGGCUUGUGCAGACCUUCUCGUCACUGUGGCAAGCAUGCCGUUCGUGCUGCUUCAGUUUACAUCAGGCAAGUGGACGCUGGGGAAUGGGAUGUGCAAGAUGGUAAGGUACAUACAAUACCUCACCCCUGGAGUCCAGAUAUAUGUGCUCCUCUCCAUAUGUGUGGAUCGGUUCUAUACUAUUGUCUACCCCUUGAGCUUCAAAGUGUCAAGAGAGAAAGCCAAGAAAAUGAUUGUAGCAUCUUGGAUCUUUGAUGCUGCAUUUGCAUUGCCCGCUUUCUUUUUCUAUGGCUCCAGUUGGGAUGACCAUUGCAACUUCUUUCUCCCAAAUUCCUGGGAGGGAGCCAUCUACAGUAUCAUCCACCUCCUUGUGGUGUUUUUGAUCCCAUCUAUUCUCAUUAUCCUAUUCUACCAGAAAGUUAUCAAGUACAUUUGGAGAAUAGGCACUGAUGGCAGGACUGUCAGGAGGACAAUGAAUAUUGUUCCAAGGACAAAAGUGAAAACCAUCAAGAUGUUCCUAAUCUUAAAUUUGUUGUUUCUUCUUUCGUGGCUCCCUUUUUAUGUGGUACAGCUAUGGCACCCACCUGAAAAAGACUAUAGAAAGAGUUCCUUGGUUUUCAUGGCUAUUACUUGGAUCUCUUUUAGCUCUUCAGCCUCUAAGCCAACCCUAUACUCAGUGUAUAAUGCAAACUUCAGAAGAGGGAUGAAAGAAACAUUUUGCAUGUCCUCCAUGAAAUGCUACAGAAGCAAUGCAUACACCAUCACCACCAGCUCAAGGAUAGCCAAAAAAAAUUACAUUGGCAUCUCAGAAAUUCCAGCACCAGCUAAAACUGUAACGAAAGACUCGAUCUAUGAUUCGUUUGACAGAGAAGCAAAGGAAAAAAAGCUUGCCUGGCCUAUUCAUUCAAAUCCUCCAAACACGUUUGUCUAAGUGGCUUAAUUGGUUUCAAAAAUGAUUAUGCACCACCAGAACAAAGAGUUUUAUCUCCUUCUGAAGAA